AUGACUCUGAUCGAGGUGAGACCGCGUGUGACGGGUCUGAUCCUGAGUGUGGCCUCCUGCCUCAUCAUCUCCACCAACCUGCUGGUGGCUGUGGCUCUCCUCAGGCUCCUGCACAAGAAGAGCAGCCAGAGCUGGUGCUUCGUACUCAACUUGGCACUGGCUGACACCCUGGUGGGCGCGGCCAUCACCGGCCUGGCCACCGAGGACCUCGGCAGCAACAUCACAUCAUCAACGUCAUUCCACCAUCCCGCCGCAAACGUCACGCGUCCUCCUUCUUCUCCCGGAAAGACCCGCUGCCUGAUGCGGAUGGCCUUCGUGAUGUCACCGUGCACUGCGUCCAUCUUGUCCAUGUUUCUCAUCUCGCUGGACCGGUACGCCGCCAUCAAGGUGCCGCUGAGAUACUCCAGGUUGUCUGGAAAGGGUACGGCAGCGGGGUCGCUGGUGGCUCUGUGGGCUUGCUCGGCCCUCAUGGGAUUCUUGCCAGUCAUGGUGCGCCAGCUCCAGACAGACGGCUACAGCGGCCUGUGCGCCUUCUUCUCCGUUAUAUACCCGGCGGGCAUCAUCAUCCUAUUCAGCGUCUGCUUCUUCCCCAUCCUCUCCGUUUUCAUCUACAUCUACAUGGACAUCCUGAAGAUCGCCUGGAGCCACCAGAGGCAGAUAUUCCAAAUCAGCCAAGCGGGCUCUCGGACCAACAACAACAACAGUAGCAGCGGCAGACGCCGGCAUCCUCCCCAGAACCCACCCCCGCAGGCCAGGAGCCGAUACUGGAGUCACGUCAAGGCCCUGAGGACGGUGGCCAUGCUGGUGGGCUGCUUCCUCACCCUCUGGUGUCCGUUUUUCGUGGUGAGCAUCGUGCAGUUGUUUUGUGAGAGCUGCGAACUUAUCGUGGUGCUGGAGAACCACCUAUGGCUUCUUGGGAUGUCCAACUCCCUCAUCAACCCGUUAGUUUACGCCUGCUGGCAGAGGGAAGUGAGGACGCAAAUAGCGGGCAUGUUUGUGUGCUUCAAGGGCAGGUGGUCGACUCCGGGACCCGUCAUGGAGGGAUGGGAUCUUCAGUCGCCCGUAUAGGCUGGAACUGGAUGGAGAUACUGCUUUUGUAUCGGAUAACUUUAGAUGUUGUCACACGUGGCCCUAACUGGCACUUUAACUUGAGACAACGCUGUGGUUUGUGGAAAGGAUUUGCCCUUUGCACGUCAUUUUUACAGUCAUGGAAACUUCCCCGCUUGUUGAGCCUCUUGAUAAAUAAACAUCCAUUCCCCCCCCCAGCCUUAGUCAGCUCCACCAAGCAGACCAUAAGGAAGCUUUCUAGGUUGGGUUAGAUACAUAUUGACUUUGGUGCGACUGCAGGCUGCACUGUCUAUAUAAUCUAAUUAGCAGGGGCAAGUUCACCCUCAGUUGCUGGGUGUGUGUGCGCGCGCGCGCGUGUGUGUGUGUGUGUGUGUGUGUGUGUGUAUUUUCAUUGUA